CUAAAGUCGCUAUUAUUCUCCAGAGGAGAAAAAUUCCGCAGAAGAGAAAAAUAUCCGUCGCCCUCUCUCUUUCCUUCUCCUCACUCGGCGCGUGAGUCGUAAGCAGCCCCUGUUUUGCUGCGAUUCCAGAUGGCUUUGGUUGUUAUAUGCGGUCAACCUUGCAGCGGCAAGUCAACAGCUGCAGCCUGCCUAGCCGAAGCCCUUCAAGAAACAGAAUCCAACCCAUCGGUACGGAUCAUCAACGAAUCUUCAUUCCACCUUAACCGCAACCAAAGCUAUGCCGAUAUGCCAUCCGAAAAGAAUCUAAGGGGAGUACUUCGAUCCGAAGUUGACAGAUCUUUAUCCAGAGACAACAUCAUCAUAGUAGAUUCCUUAAACAGCAUAAAGGGAUAUAGAUACGAGCUAUGGUGUUUAGCUCGUGCAGCAGGAACAAGAUACUGUGUGCUCCACUGCGAUGUAGAAGAACCCCACUGUCGGAAAUGGAAUCAAGAACGGAGAGAGAAAUCGGAGCCCGCUUAUGAAGACAGAAUCUUCGAGGAUCUUGUAAGAAGGUUCGAGAGGCCGGACAGUAAAAACCGUUGGGAUUCACCUUUGUUCGAACUGUCCCCUUCGAAAGAUGGGAUCGAAAAAACAUCCGCUGCUGUAAUAGACGCUGUUAGUUAUUUGACGAAGAAAGUGGACUCGAGAACUAAAGACGUGAAAGUUCUGCAGCCUACUAUUGCCACGCAGAAUGCUCGUUUCUCGGAGGCAAAUUCUUUGUACGAGAUGGAUAGGGCGACCUUGGAGGUGAUGAAUAUGAUUGUGGAAGCACAGUCCCGUGCUAUGGGGGGUCCACUUAACGGGGUGUCUAUCGGGCUGGGCUUGCCGAGUGUUGAUAUAUCGAGGCCAGUCGGAUUGCCUGAGCUGCGUCGGCUUAGGAGGACGUUUAUUAAGCUGACGGGGCAAUCGAGCUUGAGUGGGCCCGCCCCAGCAGCGGAUGCCGAUAGUGCGAAGAGGAUGUUUGUGGAUUAUUUGAAUAGGGAAUUGAGGAAUGGUUAGUAGUGAGAUUAUCAAGUAACAAGGCAUGAUCAUUGUUGUGUAACUUUUGGGGAUUUUUUUUUUCUUUGUUGUAUUGUGGUUUUUUAAACUCAACUUACUAUUUGAUGCUUGAAUUUUACA